UACUCUUUUGGCACAAUGGCUGCACUACUCCAGGAAGUUCUGUUAGUCUACCCUACACUUUCAUCCCCAACAUUAUCAGCAAAUGCGGCGAGCCGAGUCUGCAAUGCACUUGGACUUCUUCAGACUGUUGCAGCACACCGUCUGACCAGGACCCCCUUUUUAGCAGCUCAAAUUCCCCUGUACUUAUACCCAUUCUUGAACACUACCAGCAAGGCCAAAGCAUCGGGGCAGGAGCGGGAGCCGGAGCCGGUGUCGGCGCCCCCCGACGGCUCCCACCGGUACUGGUACCCCCAGAAGCAGGGCCACCGGUGCCACCACCGCCACCACUUCUCCCUCGGCGACGACGUCCACGCCCCCGCUCCUCCGGCCACCCGCGCCCGCGCCCGCGCCAGGAACGUCCUGGGCGGCGGCUGCGGUGGUCUGGGCGGCGCCUGCAGGGAGGAUCUGGGCUGCGGCGGCCGCGGGCUCGGCCUGUGCGGAGGCGGCAGCCCCACCCGCGGCUGCGACGGCGCCAGGACCCGCCAGGGCGGCCAGGGUGGCAGCAGCAGGGCGGAUCGGAGCGGGAGGGCCCGUGCCGGCGGCUGUAGCCCCGCCCGCGGCUGCGCCUGCGCCGGGAGGACCCGCGCCGGCGGCUGCAGCCAUCGCGACGGCGGCGUAGGGCGGCCGCGGGCCUCCCAGAGCACCAAGCGCGGCAGCAGCAGGGGAGGAAAGACUCCAACACUUUGCCUCGCUAGCCUUAAUGUCAUCGACGCUCUUGUUAAGGUAGAUGAUACAGAAGCUGUCAAUUUCCUGGUGACAAGUCAAGUAAUCCCUCUGUGCUUGAGAAUCAUGGAGACAGAUAGUGAGCUUCCGAAAAUCGUGGCCACUUCCAUCGUCAAAAAGAUCAUGCUAGACGAGUUCGGGUUGCAGUACAUCUGCGCCACCGCGGACCGUUUCUUCAAGGCAGCCACGGCUUUGGCGGCCAUGGUGAACGCGCUGGCCGAGCAGCCCUCCGCCAGGCUGCUGAAGCAUGUCGUCCGCUGCUACCUGAGGCUGACGGAUAACCCCAGGGCCCGUGACGCGCUGCAGAUUUGCCUUCCCCAAGCUCUGAAGGAUGGGACGUUCGACCACUGCCUUCAGGAUGACCCUGCCACAAUGUGCUGUCUCCAACAGCUGCUGGACAAUCUGGGUGCUCCUGGGGGCGGCGGCGGACCUGCGGCGGCUGGCGGUGGAGCACGUCAUUAUCCUGGGGCAGGCCCUGCGGCGGGCGGAAGCCGCGGAGGAGGAUCCUCGACACCGGCAGGCGCAGGCCCGAGUCGCGCGCCGUGGAUGUAAACUGCUAAGGCACGUUCUCAAAAAAAAAAAAAAAGAAGAGAGAGAGAGGAUGUAAACUGAUCCGGUUGCAGAACUCCCCCUUGCCAGAAUGCCGUGGAAGAUCCUGCGCUUGUCUAAAGAAGUGUUGUUCUGAAGAUUGUGAUCUUUUCCAGUAAAGAACAGAACUUCUGAACUAGUGUGUUGUUGUAAUAAUGAGCACUGCAAACUUGCAAAGGUUUGCAGUGGCUUGCACCA